AUGGCAGCCCUUGCCUGCCGGAGCAGAGGCCGCGAAUGGGCUCUUAGCAAGCUUGGACGAUGUCCAUUGACGGCAAAACCGCAAUAUCCCCGGCUUUGUGGUUACCGCUAUUUCCAUGAGACACCUUCGCAGGCAAAGCUUCAGCCGUAUCUUCUAGCCGAUAUUGGUGAAGGAAUUACCGAGUGUCGAAUUGUCCAGUGGUUUGUCAAGCCGGGUGAUCGUGUGAAUCAAUUUGAUGCUGUCUGCGAGGUUCAAUCAGACAAGGCAUCAGUCGAGGUAGGCACGCACGCGAAGAACUUGAUUACCUCUCGAUAUGAUGGUGUCAUUGGGAAGCUCCACCAUGAGGUGGAUGAAAUAGCAAGUGUCGGGCAGCCGCUCUUGGACAUAGACGUCGAGGAUAGCACUGCGGACCAGGGCAACCCAAUCCUUGAAGAACCCCCGGCCGAGGCAGCGAGAGAUUCAGUUCCACAUCUUGAUAAUGAUAUGCAGUCUGAAAGCCUUCAGAAGAAGGCUUUCGAUGUGUCUUCUGCAGAAAAUCCGUCAUCUGCGAAGAGCCGAGCUCGGGCUGUGCUGGCGAUGCCGGCCGCGAGGGUCAUGCUGAAGCAACAUGGCAUUGACAUCAGCGAUGUACUAGGCACCGGUGUGGAAGGGCGGAUUAUGAAGGAGGAUGUGCAACGCUAUCUUAAUGGCCGAGUCACGCCCCAGCAGCCACCGACAUUAAUGGCUGCAGCAACUGCCUCCGAUGUCACCAUUUCUCCAACACCGACUGAGAGGCAAAUGUUCAAGGUCAUGACCGACUCGCUUAGUAUUCCACACUUGGGCUACACUCAUUCUGUCGACCUGACUGCUCUUGAUUCGAUCCGUCAAAAACACAACGCGCGGAAGGAUCUCGCAAGCGAGGUGUUAGGGAGACCUGCUCCAAAGCUCACUUUUCUGCCGAUUAUCAUAAAAGCGCUUUCAAUAGCUUUUCAACAUCAUAAAAAACUGAAUUCGCAUUUGGUAGUGGCUGGCGAGUCCCAAAAACCUGAACUGGUCUUGAAGGGGUCUCACGACUUCGGAAUUGCAGUGGACACACCCAAGGGUCUAUUGGUCCCAGUGAUUCGGGGGGUCCAGACCCGGUCCAUCAUGUCCAUUGCGGAGGAGAUCAAUCGCCUAAGUGAUUUUGCCAAGCAAGGAAAGCUCAAGCCGUCGGACCUUCAAGGUGCGACCUUCACGGUGAGCAAUAUUGGAAGCAUUGGUGGCAACGUUGUCAGUCCAAUAAUUGUCCCCCCUAUGGUGGGUAUUUUGGCGGUCGGCAAAGUUGAGCGUAUUGCACGAUUCAUGAUGGACGCAAAAGGUGAGGAGCAAAUAGUCAAACGCCAGGAAGCAGUGCUGAGCUGGAGCGUUGACCACCGUGUCCUUGACGGAGCAUCUGUGGCACGAUGUGCAAAUUUGGUAUCAUCAAUUCUGGAGGAAAUUGAUGGCGUUUCUUUGGCGUUAAUGUAG